CCACAUCAGUUUUUUGGUUUGAAAAUGGGUGAGAGAGAUGGAUACGUCUGGUUUUGAAAUUGGAGUCGCGGGGUCAGACCCAUUUGUAGAAAAAUGAGGGCUGUUGAAUGUUGAUGUUGGGUUUACAGGUGAUUCUUGCUUCACUAACAAGUGAUGGGGGCUGUUGGGUUAAGUGUUUAAACCGCUAAAGUUUCCUUCUUUAUUGUGGGUUUUUCCAUUUCCAUCUUGGGAUCCGACUUUUGUUUAGCAAUUCAUUUCUUGUUCCAGUUGAUUGCGGGUGGAGCAAGUAGGGAAGAGAGCUAGAGUGAUCUUGGGAUGUGGGUUUGAAGGGCCUUUUAUUUUGGGUUUCUCUUUCUUAUCUCUAAAAGGGGUAAUGUUUCUUCUACAUUUUUAGGGUUUUGGGGCUUGAUUUUUGGUCUCUGAGGACUUCACUUCAGAUCUCAGCUAGCUAAUCAUCUUGUUGGUGGUGACCAGUGCUCUUCCCUGCUCCUCAUUCUCUUUUAGUGUAAUGGUGGUGCUGGAGUUUACUCCAAUGACUUUCUUCAAAUGGGUUUUACUGGCUUGCUUUCUUUGUUCAUCAUUGGGUCUCCAAACAUCGGGUCAAUCCUGCAACCCAAAUGACUUGGUGGCACUAAAAGAAUUUGCAGGAAGCCUUACAGAUGGGUCCAUUAUCACAGCUUGGUCUAAUGAAUCAAUUUGCUGCCAUUGGGAUGGUGUUUUCUGUGAGAAUAAGAGUAGUGGUUCAAAUUCUAGUAGAGUAAUCAUGUUGACUCUGCCCAACAAAGGUCUCAAAGGGACAGUUUCAAGCUCUUUGGGCCGUUUAGAUCAGCUGAAAUUACUCAAUCUAUCUUGCAAUCGUCUUGAAGGUGGACUGCCCCAGCAACUCUCAAAUUUGAAGCAGUUGGAGGUUCUUGAUUUGAGCCAUAAUAAGCUAUCAGGGCCUGUUUCAGAAUCACUUUCUGGUAUGGUAUCCAUUCAGUCACUGAAUAUUUCAAGCAAUUCAUUCAAUGGUAGUAUCUCUGCACUUAGGGGGUUUCCAAAUGUUUCUGUGUUUAACAUGAGCAACAAUUCAUUCACUGGCCAAGUCAGUCCAUGGAUCUGCAGCUUCUCCAAAGGACUUCAAAUUAUUGAUUUAUCAAUGAACCAUUUAGUGGGCACACUUGAAGGCCUGGGAAGUUGUAGCACAUCUCUCCAAGAGUUGCAUUUGGGUUACAAUUCACUUUCUGGCCAUCUUCCAGGGUAUUUGUACUCAAUGUCAUCUUUGGAGCAACUGUCAAUCCCUGCAAACAAUUUCUCAGGCCAAUUGAGCGAGAAUUUGGGUAAUCUUUCUAGCCUUAAAUCCCUUCUUAUUUCUGGGAACCGAUUUUCUGGUGCAAUUCCUGAUGUCUUUGGGAACCUGACAAAUUUAGAACAGUUAACUGCACACUCAAAUUCAUUUUCUGGGCCCCUGCCUGCAUCGCUUGCACUCUGUUCGAAGCUUCAGAUGCUUGAUCUUGGAAACAAUUCUUUAAAUGGUGGUAUUGAGCUCAAUUUCAUUGGAAUGACCAGUCUCUGCACACUUGAUCUUGCCACUAAUCAUUUCACUGGAUUCCUUCCCAGUUCUCUAUCCGUUUGUAAAGAAUUGAAAACUCUGAACUUAGCUAAGAAUGGGCUUUCUGGUUCAAUUCCUGAGAGUUUUGCAAAGCUCACAUCCCUUUCGUUCUUAUCAUUGUCAAACAAUAGCUUUGUGGGCUUAUCUGGAUCACUAUCUGUGCUUCAGCAGUGCAAGAACCUUACCACCCUUAUCCUGACAAAGAACUUCCAUGGCGAGGAAAUUCCCCAAAAUAUAAGUGGGUUUGAGAAUUUAAUGGUCUUAGCAUUUGGAAAUUGUGGUCUGAGAGGCAAAAUCCCAGAUUGGCUGUUGAAUUGUAGGAAGAUAGGGGUUCUAGAUUUGUCAUGGAAUCAGUUGGAUGGCAGUAUCCCAUCUUGGAUUGAUCAGAUGGAGAACUUGUUUUACUUGGACCUCUCAAAUAACUCCCUUACUGGAGAAAUUCCAAAAGGUUUGGCAGAACUGAAGAGUCUCGUUUCUUCAAAUAGCAGUUUGUCCACCCUUCCACCUUCUGUGGGGAUUCCUCUAUAUGUAAAGCGGAACCGGAGUGCUAGUGGUCUUCCAUAUAACCAGGCUUCAAGUUUCCCGCCAUCUAUAUUAUUGAGCAAUAACCGAUUAAAUGGGACAAUCUUGUCUGAAAUUGGACGACUGAAGCAGCUCCACAUCUUAGAUUUGAGCAGGAAUAACAUUACUGGGGUCAUUCCUGACUCCAUUUCAGAGAUGGAGAACUUGGAAACUCUAGAUUUAUCAUUCAAUGACCUGUAUGGAUCAAUUCCCCAGUCAUUUGACAAGCUCACAUUCCUGUCAAAAUUCAGUGUGGCAUAUAAUCACUUACAUGGUGUAAUUCCAACUGGUGGGCAGUUUUAUAGCUUUCCAAGCUCAAGCUUUGAAGGCAACCCUGGACUUUGUGGGAAUAUAGUCUCUCCUUGUCAUAUUCCUGACAGUAUGCCACAGCCACAUGCUCAUUAUGGUUCAAACAGUAAAUUUGGUCGAAGCAGCAUUCUUGUUGUGACAAUUGGCAUAGCAGUUGGGAUUUUAUUGCUUCUUGCAACUGUUCUGCUUAGAAUGUCAAGGAGAAUUGCAGGGGAUCCUAUUAAUGAUUUGGAUGAGGAACUCAGCAGGCCACGCCGGUCUGAAGCUCUUUACUCAUCAAAAUUGGUUCUCUUCCAGAAUGCAAAUUGCAAGGAGCUCACAGUAGCAGACUUAUUGAAGUCUACAAACAAUUUCAACCCAGCAAACAUAAUUGGCUGUGGUGGUUUCGGACUGGUUUACAAAGCCUACCUUCCAGAUGGCACAAAAGCUGCAGUCAAGAGACUUUCUGGGGAUUGUGGUCAGAUGGAACGUGAGUUCCAAGCUGAAGUGGAGGCCCUUUCAAGAGCUCAGCACAAAAAUCUUGUUUCUCUUCAAGGUUACUGUAAGCAUGGGAAUGAUAGAUUAUUAAUUUACUCCUAUAUGGAGAAUGGAAGCUUAGACUACUGGCUACAUGAGAGUAUUGAUGGGUCUUCAGUUCUUAAAUGGGAUGUAAGACUCAAGAUUGCUCAAGGAGCAGCUGGUGGGUUAGCUUACUUGCACAGAGUUUGCGAACCGAACAUUGUCCAUCGAGAUGUAAAAUCUAGCAACAUCCUUUUGGAUGACAAAUUCGAAGCUCAUUUGGCUGAUUUUGGUCUCUCAAGGCUACUUCGGCCUUAUGAUACUCAUGUCACGACAGACUUGGUUGGGACGUUGGGCUAUAUUCCACCAGAGUACAGUCAGACACUAACGGCAACCUGCAGAGGUGAUGUCUAUAGCUUUGGGGUUGUUCUGCUUGAGCUACUUACUGGUAGAAGGCCUGUGGAAGUAUGCAAGGGAAAGAAUUGCAGGGAUCUAGUGUCUUGGGUGUUUCAGAUGAAGUCUGAAAAAAGGGAAGCAGAGAUUGUGGACUCAUCUAUAUGGGACAAGGAUCGUGAGAAGCAGCUCCUAGAAAUGCUUGAAAUUGCCUGUAAAUGCUUAGAUCAGGAUCCAAGGCGGAGACCCUUAAUUGAAGAAGUAGCUUUGUGGCUUGAUGGUAUUGGAAGUGAGGCUCAGCAAUGAACUCUCAAUUAACAUGCUUACUAUUUGAAUCUCAGGCAGCUGGGAGAAUAUAUUUACCUUUAAAGCAAACACUGUUCAGGUUUCUAUAAGGUUGGACGGAGUCCCAACUCCUAACCAAAUGACUGUUUCUUUACAGAAACCAUCAUUUAGUGCUGUACACUGUCAGAUAAGUUUUGUAUACAUAUGCUAUCUUAGGCAUUUAUUUACCUGAAAUAAGUGUUAUAAAUUAUCUAAAUUUUCCAUCUGAAUAGAUGAAAUGAAGCAUCAAAAUGCACAGCAAAGAGAAAUCAUUACUGAUGCUGCUGUAUGUUGUGUUUCAUUUGCUCGUUCAUGUUGGUCUGAAAUCGAUAUAUUGUGCAUGACUAGAGCAUAUCUUUCCUGAUUAUUUGCAUGCAUUCAUCCAAUGAUUCCUGAAGCAAUAAAUUCAUUGAGCUGGG